UCAGGUGGGGGAGGUGAGGCCAGCAGGUAGAGGAGUCAGAUCCUCCUUUCAGAGGGAAGCUUGAGGUUCCUCCUCGCCGGCUGUUUCCUGUUUUCCACACUUCCCUCGCCCUCUAAACUUCUGCACUGUGGACUAACAGUGCCAGAGAGGACCAAGCCAAGCCUUGGACGAGUCGGUGCAGGUCCCCGUCCCUCAACACGCCACUAAGAUGCUCUGGAUCUUCUUCGCUGGGUUGUUUCUCUGGGUUUAUCCAUACGCAGAGGCAGGUUGUUUUAACAUCACAGAAUUGAAAGAGGACAGCAUGGUGAUUACUGAAAUGGAAUGCUGUGAUCCGAUCCUGAAAAAUGCUUCUUUAGAGCACUCGGGAUUGUACAUUUGCUCUUUGUCACAAUCUAUAGCCGAUACAGUAUGGAGCAUACAUGAAAAUUUCUCUGCAAUAUGGGUGGAGGCUAGCCACGGUGCUCACAUCUUCGAGGAGGGCCAGAACGUCACCUUGAAGUGUGAAGCUUCCUCCACACCCGCCUCUGUUGCCUGGAGCUGGGAAAGACUGGAUAAGAAAAGGGUGUGGCAGGAAGUAGACACUGAGAAGCAGCUGGUGUUGAGCAGAAUGGAGGACAGUGGGGAGUACCGUUGCCGUGGCCACAGUGAGAUAUUAAACGUCACACGGAAAAGCCCGGCCUAUCAGGUCUACUUCUUCUCCAUACCUAACUCAGGGAGUGUGAGUCUGGCUGCGGCUGCACUGAGCCUGAGUCUGCUGGCCUUGCUCCUCCUCGUCGCGCUGGGGCUGUGGCUCUGGCUCAAAGAGAGGCCUAGCCCAAACACCAGAACCGCUGAGCCAAAUGACUAUGGUUCAAAAGGAGCUAACAUUCCUCCAGUGGAUGAUGAUGGCGAUGUCUACAUGAACAGUGUGGAGAUUGAGAAGGUCUACUCCAACCUAAACCCCACCUUCAGGGCAGAGGACCAAAGCUUUGCUACGCUCACUUAAAGAAGACAGGAUUAAAACCACUCAAUCACGCCUUCAACUACAUGAGACCAGCCUGAGAGAACCUGUAUCAAUCAGACAACCCAUAUCUACACUAAAAAGAGAAGACACCACCAAACCCCAGUCUCGUAAUGGAAUUCCAAAACUAGCCUGAGAGAAACUUUAUCAACCUGACUGAAUCUGAGGGAACCUACACUUACUCUGUACACCAACACGGGUAGUGUCGAGAUCGAGAGCCAAAACUAUAGCCUGAGAUAUUUUAGCUUCACAAAAGGGAACCUUCCUAUUGUCAAUUAAGCCAAUUAUGAGUA